AUGGCCCUUUUGCAACUUGCACAAGGUGCCAGACCACCGGCGCGCGAGCCUUCGACUCCAAGCAACACGAAUGGGACCAAUGGGACGAAUGGCCAGACCCCGCGAUCAAGACCCCCUCCUCCGCCUCCACCGGGGCGGCCCAAUAUUCCUGCAAGACCAGCGCGGACGCAUAGCUCCAAUGUACCGCCUCUUCACGACCACGGCGCUGCAUCAAACGGGGCUGUUGCGAACCUACCAGCAGAAGUCCAAGUGGGUGGUACGGUCUCCAGCAAUGGUCAAAAUGGAGGUUCGAGGCCGGCACUGCCUCCUCGAACGGCUACAGUAUCUUCCCAAUCUCCUGCAAAUCCAAAUCUACCACCUCGACGGCCUUCGGAUCAGCCAUCGCCAGCCUUGCCACCUAGGAGACCUUCAGAGGCGAACUCGCAUGUUGAAUACGAUCGAAGUCGUAGAGGAUCUGCGGGAUCGACUUGUUCAGUUGGGACGACCCGAUCAUCAGUCUCUGCCAUGUCGACUGCGACAUCCAUCACAUCACAGGGUGAGCGCUAUAGGAUUAAAGCUCCUGAUUAUGACCCGUCUUCACUUCCUGCUCUGCCACCGAAGCGAACGAAAGAAGAAAGAGAGGCCGCCGACCGAAAGUACGCUGGCUUAAGACCGGUGCGUCGAGCAUCGGCUCCCAAGCCGUCACCUGCGAAGCAGCCCACGGCGCUUGCUAGACAAGCAGUGAUGCCACCACCGCUUCCUGGACGGCAAAAUCAACCCAGAGAGCAUUCAUCACCUGUACAGCCAGCUCCGCGAUCAAUACGAGCGGAUAUUGCACCUCCGCCGCAAAAGAGGCCCUCUGCGCUAUCAUUUGGGAUGAACAAGUCGACCAAUGUCCCACCGCCAAUACCAGGAGCUCGAACUGGCUCUGCCAUUCAACUAGAUGGUGCCAAUGGUGCACCUCCACCUAUUCCAUCAACCUCAAAACCAGAUCUUGCGGCAAUACAAGCGUCCAAGCCUAAGGUCAGCGGCACCGCGAACGGCGCUGCUCCAGCUCUUGCUGGCGCGUGUAUGCAUUGUCGAGAUUUCUCUGGCCCAGACAAUCAUGCAGCUCGAUUCCCUCGAGAGGCUCUUCCAUCGCAAGAUAUCGGCUGGCUAGCACAACAACUCUGUGCGCCAUUUCACUCACCCACGGACAAGGCGAGAGCAUUGUUCACGUGGCAGCACCACAACAUCGCAUACGACACCGAGGCUUUCUUCAAUAACAGAGUCAAGCCGUCGACUCCAAACUCCACUCUCGUCAGCGGUCUAGCUGUAUGUGAGGGCUACGCUGGCCUCUUCGCGGCCAUGGCGCUCAAAGCUGGCCUGGAAGCCGUAGUCGUAAGUGGUCACGGCAAGGGUUUCGGAUACGCACCCAUGAAGCCUGGCGAUCCUCUACCACGGUAUGAGGCCGGUCAUGCAUGGAAUGCGGUCAAGAUCGAUGGCGGCGAGUGGAAACUGCUUGAUUGCUGCUGGGGUGCUGGAUCCGUCUGUCCACACAAGACUCCGAACUUCACGAAGUCUUUUACCCCCGAAUGGUUUUCUCAGUCGAACAAUGACUUUGGCCUGCGCCACUUUCCUGGCGAAAAGGCUCACCAGUAUCGCACCGAUGGCCGUGUCAUGAGCUGGGAAGAGUAUAUUGGUGGGGAGGGAGCUGCAUGCUCGGCGCUGCUCUAUUCCGGUUACAUCGCGGAGGAAGGACUCCUUAAGCCGGCGUUCAAACCGACCGAUGGCAAAAUCGUACUGGCGCAGCAAGGCCCGACUGUCAGCAGAUUCUCUUUUCAAAAGGUCUGUCCCCAUUGGGAUCCUGUGAAGAACGGAAACGGGCCCUAUUACCUUUACAUACUGGUUCUCGAGAGCCAGAGCGGUGCAAAGGGGGACAAGAUUCCAUUCGACACAAACGGUGAGGUAUGGUGGUGCGACGUCCCGACUCGCGAUUUGGGAAGGCCAGGGCAGUCUGUGAGCAUUUGCGCUGUCACCGACUUUGAUGGCGGAAAGGGAAGAGGAUUGACAAAGCAACGAUUUUUGGAGAGGCUGGGGAGAUGUGGAAUGGCGUGGGGUGGUGUUGGGAAGUGGGACCUGGUUUGA